AAGAGGAGGGGGAAAGGGGGGGGGGGGAACCAAGAAGGGGAGGGUCCGGAAGAGGAAGCCCGCCCCGAUGGGGCUGCUCCCGGGCUGACCAGCGAAGAGAGGACGCUCCUCAGGUCUCCGGGAGCACCAUUCCCGGAAGCCGCGGGGCCAUGUUCCACCUCCGAAGGCGCUGGGGCACUCUGGUGGCCUCCGCGUCGAGGCUCCUGCCUCAAGCGGAGGUAUGUGCGUCUUUGGCUACCGGGCCCAGACAAUAUGAUGGGACAUUCUAUGAAUUUCGUACUUAUAUCAUACAACCAGGAAAGAUGAAUGAAUUCCUGGAAAACACUCAUAAACAUAUUCACCUUCGUACAGCUCACUCUGAAUUAGUUGGAUUUUGGAAACAAGAGUUUGGAGGUGUGAUGAAUAAAGUCUUUCAUAUUUGGAAAUAUGAUAAUUUUGUUCAUCGAGCUAAAGUUCGGGAAGCUGUAGCCGAGGAUAAAGAAUGGCAAGAAAAAUAUAUUUCCCCAAACCUACCAUUUGUGGUCCAACAGAGGAACGAAAUAACGUAUCUAGUGCCAUGGUGCAAAUUAGGAAAGCCUCCUAAAGAAGGAGUCUAUGAACUUGCUACCUUUCAGAUGAAGCCUGGUGGGCCAGCUCUGUGGGGCGAACACUUUCAAACAGCAGUGAACACCCAUAUCCAAGUAGGCUAUUCCAGGCUGGUUGGAGUUUUCCACACAGAAUAUGGAACACUUAAUACAGUUCAUGUUCUUUGGUGGACUGAGACACCGGACAGUCGCGCAGCUGGAAGACACAGAUCCCAUGAAGAUGCCCGUGUGGUGGCAGCUGUUCGGGAGAGUUGCAGCCACCUGAAAUCUCAUGAAAAUAUGCUUCUCAUUCCAACACCAUUUUCACCACUAAAGUAAUUUUCUGCAGAAAUAUGAAGAUACUUAGUGGCUGCAUUAUACAAACAGUUUCUAAUAAAGUUCCUUAAAUUCACCUAGCUUCUUAUUUUUAUUUGACUAAAUUAAUGAGCCCCGUUCACUAUGUACAAGGCAUGGGGCUAGACACUUGGGGUGUAUGGACAAAAUCAAUAGCUACUGGCUUCCAAGAGCUUCACUCUCCUGGCACUGGUAAGGAGAGGGGCAUUCUUCAGAUCAUCACUGUGGCACUAAAUCUUGACGAUUGCUUUCUUCAGUGACGUCUAUCGAACGUCUUUGUUUGCUUUCCUAGUAUACCUUAUACUCCAGUGAUCUAAUCUUCAGCUAUGAAACUAGCUAUUUAUUAGGCCAAAAUUUACUUUUCCAUGACCAAGACUGCAAAAGAAGAAUGAUUUUUUCUGUGGUUUCAAACCCAUUUCUCUUGAGUAUCAUUUAUUUUUACCUGAUAAAGUUUAUUUUAUAAUGGACAUAUAUAAGUAUCGGGAGGAAAAUAUAAGUUUCUCCUUGUAGAAAAAAUGCCAAAGUUGUCUUUGUAUACAAAAAGCUGUUUUUAUGACUUGUCAAAAAAUACCAUCCAUCGAAGUAUUCCUGAGAUACCUCUACAUCAGUGGUGUCAAAUUCAAAUAAAAACAGGGGCCACUAAUGCAUACAUAAGGAUCCCUGUGGGGUGCAUAUUAACUUGGAAAACCUCAUAUUAAUAUUAUCUGUAUUAUUGUAUUUUAUUUGUCAAAUAUUUUCCAAUUACAUUUUAAUCUCACUCGGGCCUCACUUGCAAAUAUUGUGGGCCGAUGGGCCACAGGUGACGCCUCUUCUUUACAUGACAUAUGCUCAAAGGUUAUGCCAGUAAAGCCUGAGGUCUGGCAGGUCUUACCAGACUAGACAGAUUUCAAGCAUAGGCCUGGCACCAGACUGUUGGUUAUCUGAGGACCAGUCUUACUCGUUUCAGGGAGGUUAAUCACGAAAAUACACUUUUUUUCUCUACCAUAUCAACUCACAAAAAAAGGAGGGGGGGUACAGGUUGUAUUAUUUUUCAUUGGAGAAAGUACCUAGUCCAAUGAAAACAUUUCUGUAAAACUAUGCUGAAAAAUAACAUUUAUUUUUCUUUAUUUCAUUGUGAAUAACUGUUUAGCCAAGAUACUUAAACUUCUGAUGUCUUCAAAAUGAAUUCAGGAAAUCUGUCUUGUUACCAGAUACUUCACCUAAUAAAACUAGCUAGACAUUC